GAAGCCAAGCGCGCGGCCGUCAAUGGCACUGAGUAGUGCACGUCACCUGUCUCUAACAUGUAGCUAGAAACGCUAACACGGCUCGGAAUUCAACUCAGAUGACCAACAGUCAGGUCGCACUUAUUUUUUCGUUGAGCCGAAGUGAAACAGCAUGUCAAAGAUGUUUGUUACAGCUCGUAAUCCCAGACGAGAGCCGUUGAGGGCAGACCUGACCGUGUGAAUUUAACCGCAUUAGCUAGCCAGCUAGCUGGUCUUACCUUUAGCUGCGCUAGUCGAAACGAGCUAAUAUCACCAACGGUCCAAAUAUUUAGAUGUUUAGCGAGUGGGUUCUCGUCAGAAAGGCACAUUUGACGGCCGCCUGGAACGUGGCGUCUACUGGAAGGGAAAUUUCGACUUAAAAAAUACUGUGGGCUGAGCCAUGGGCGCAUUUUUAGAUAAGCCCAAAACGGAAAAAUACAAUGCGCACGGAGAAGGGAAUGGCCUGCGUUUUGGCCUCAGCAGCAUGCAGGGAUGGAGGGUGGAGAUGGAGGAUGCGCACACUGCAGCCGUAGGCCUGCCGCACGGCCUGGACGACUGGUCCUUCUUCGCCGUCUACGACGGGCACGCCGGCUCUCGUGUCGCAAACUACUGCUCCAAACACCUGUUGGAACAUAUCGUCGCCGCGGGAUCGGCAGAUGAACUGCGGAAGGCUGGAGCUCCGGCACCUGAGACGCCAGCCAUAGAAGCUGUGAAGAGGGGCAUCCGCGCCGGAUUCCUGAGGAUCGACGAGCACAUGCGCAGCUUCACAGACCUGCGAAACGGCAUGGACCGCAGCGGCUCCACCGCGGUGGCUGUGCUGCUCUCUCCAGAACAUCUGUACUUCAUUAACUGCGGGGACUCGCGGGCCCUUCUGUGCCGCAACGCGCACGUCUGCUUCUCCACGAUGGACCAUAAGCCCUGUGACCCACGGGAGAGGGAGCGCAUACAGAAUGCAGGUGGCUCUGUGAUGAUCCAGAGGGUUAACGGAUCGCUGGCUGUGUCCCGAGCGCUGGGUGACUAUGACUACAAGUGUGUAGAGGGCAAGGGGCCCACAGAGCAGCUCGUGUCACCGGAACCUGAAGUGUUCGAAAUCGCUCGGUCAGAUGCAGAGGAUGAAUUCGUGGUGCUGGCGUGUGACGGUAUUUGGGAUGUGAUGAGCAACGAGGAGCUGUGUGCCUUUGUGCGAUCGAGGCUGGAGGUGACUGAUGACCUGGAGAGAGUGUGCAAUGAGGUUGUGGAUACCUGUCUACAUAAGGGAAGUCGAGAUAAUAUGAGUAUUGUAUUAGUCUGUUUGCCAAAUGCACCUCAGGUGUCAGAAGAGGCGGUAAAGAGAGAUGCUGAGUUGGACAAUUUCCUUGAGUCACGUGUGGAAGAGCUCAUUGAGAAAGCAGGGGAAGAAGGUGUGCCUGAGCUGGCACAUGUCAUGAGCAGCCUGUCCCAAGAAAGCAUCCCCAAUCUCCCACCAGGGGGCGGCCUUGCCAGCAAGCACAGUGUUAUUGAAGCAGUGUACAACCGAUUGAACCCCCAAAGAGAAGAGGAUGGUAGCGGUGCUGACCUGGAAGACCCGUGGUAGUCGUCCCACCAGAGGAAGGAGCACCCUUAUCUACACAAGACAUCAGUCAUGUUUCUUUUGUUCCAGUGAAACCAAGAGAUUCAACGGACAGUCUUUCAAGAGUCACAACACAGUGGAAACACAGUACAACCAAAAGCAUUACAAACACUUUUUUUUCUAAUAUAUAUGAGGGAAAGAACAGAGUUCCAGUUUUAAAAACAAACUCAAACACAAAAAUAACAAAAUACACAUCUUACAAUAAAAAAAAAAAAAAAACUGUUUUUCUCACUUUUUUUUUGUGGUGGCUGUGGUCGUUCAUUUUGAACCCGAGGAUGUUUUGCGGGAUGGACCCAUGUACGUGCUGUGGUGCCUUUUCAAGUCGGCUGCGAAUUCGAGUGAGGUUUGCUAAUGGCGGAUGCCCUGAGCCCAGGAUAAAGUUGAUAAACCUGGCUAUAAGUGAGACCACUGCUGCCCCGGUACGGGGUUACGGAUCAUCACUGGGUUUAAUCGAGGAUAUAUUUGACUGACGAAUGCGUGUGGAUCAUGUUUUAAAGAAUUGCUUCGUUACUACAUAACCUGCGUGGAAAGGAUUGAAGCUUGUUGGCUUUUUGCACCUUCCCUCCCUCUUCAUGUGCGCUGACUGACCUUUAGGUAGAACCUCGGACUCGACUCGGCUUCGUUUUGCAGGUUAUCACUUGAUUGGUUGUCAAAAGCUUUUUAAUCCUGCUGUUUCAGAGAAUAUAGAAUAUAUAGAGAGAAAUAUAUAUAAAUUCAUAUAUAUAUAUUUUUUAUUUUUCCCAAGUUUGACGUUCUUUGUGGCUUAACGUGUGAAGCAAUAGAGUUGUGUUGGUGGCGAGCGACGAGCGUGCCACGUUGUGUGAAUUCCUUUAGACACACUGAGAUUGUUCAUGUACUUGUGUAACCCAGCCACCUGAGAACUGUGGGUGAUGUUGGCUAAAAGGGAUUGUAAGUACCCACCAAAGCCACGCAGCUUUUCUCAGCUUCCUCUUUGUAUUAUAUCUCUCGGUCUUCUCUCCCUAUCGGCCCUCACUUUCACAAUGCAGAUGUGAACUUGCAGCAACCUGCCUUUCUUCUUCUUUUUUUCUUUUUUCCCUUCAGAGUAUAUUGUAAAGUGGUGUUUUUUUGUUUUGGUUAGCUGAUCAUGAAAAUACUAGCUUUGUGAUGAAUUCACAGAUUAUUUUCUGAUUCAUCAUGCAAGUGUAAUGUUGGUUUUGCUCAGAUAUAUUUUCAGCAGUCCAUGAACUACAGUACUCAAUGGCCUCAGAACCUGAAAGGUGAUAUUGAGCAGAACAAUAAAGAUACAGAAAAAAGCA